AUGGCAAGCAGCCUAAGGACCCCUGUCAACCACAUCUCACCUCCAAAGCGACGCAAGCGAACCGAAUUAAAGGCUGAUCUCGAGUGUAUUUUCUCAUACUUCAACCUUACAGAGAAGUCGAAGUAUUAUCGCAGAUUUAGUUUUGGGACGGGGCACCAUUAUACUCAUUACUACGACGGCGGCGAGAUGUACGUUGAUAGCGAUGGAAUUGGUAUCUAUGUGGACAUAACGGGGCAUCGUUCCCUCUACAUUCGCCCCAAAAAGGAGCAGGAAGCAAUGAGGCGGAGGAUUGAACAGGAAAUAAGGCAUGCCUCUGAUCUCGAAUGGUUGAAGUACAAAGCUCGAGGAUUUUUCGCCGAACGGGCGGUAAGAGAACUCGGAAUACUCGAGCUCAGAAGGUAG